AUGUUGAACAAGCACUUGCCUGCAACCAUCGACCCAAGGAAAUGGCGCGCUGGAUCUUGGAGCAUCGACGUGUGUCUCAGGCAUGCUCGCACCCUUGAGUCGGCGCAGAAAUGCCUUGAUAGAACCCGUCGGCCGCCAGAGGAAGCGAUAAGCCUUCUGCAAGACCUGGCAGAAAGUCCUGCCAUGUGGCUCGCUCUUCGAAGGCAUCUCACCGUUGCUGAUGCCGUUACCAUCUUGAAAAUCUUGCACGACGACAGUGAGUGGCCGCAGGUGAGGCGCACGGAGGAUGAAUUGCUUCGCCGUGAAUACUUGAAGCUUUUCGACGAGUGUUCCUAUUUCGACCCUGAUUGGAUUCAUCCUGAAAUGCGACAGCGGCAAGCUGCCCGGGCGAGUGCUGCUGGGUGGCGCGCCAACCCAGCUGAUGCCUCGCAGAUGCCGGAUGGCCUGGAGGCUGCCACAGUCAAGGACGACGAGGGCCUGACGCCUUUGUGUCUGGCGGCCAAGCAGGGCUCCGGUCGCAUGGUGGCAGUGCUGGCAGCUGCUGGACUCCAGGUUCAGAUGGAUGUGCACCAGCUGUUGGCUCCAAGCUGCGACAAGCCAGACCUGGAUGCG